UCUCACUAAGUCAGAUCCUUCUCUAGAACCACACAAACGCAGAGAGUGCGAGUGUUGAUCAAUGGCGGUUUCUUGCAGCCACUCAUCGAUUCUCUUCCCCCCAUCCACCUCCUCCGUUGGCUUCAACCGCUUCCCUUGUCUCCAAACGCUGCGUUUCAAAUCAAGAAACGUUUAUCAGAAAGCGAGGAUCUCUACUACAGUCUCGGCAUCAUCUUCUUCACGGUCACUCCAAGCUCUGAUCUUCGACUGCGACGGUGUGAUACUAGAAUCGGAGAAUCUACACCGUCAAGCUUACAAUGACGCCUUCUCGCAUUUCGAUGUUCGAUGUCCUCCUUCCUCAUCCGAGUCUCUCAACUGGAGCCUCGAGUUCUACGACAAGUUUCAGAAUCUUGUCGGAGGUGGAAAGCCUAAAAUGAGAUGGUACUUUAGAGAGAAUGGAUGGCCGACUUCGACCCUUUUCGACACACCUCCAGAGAGUGACGAUGAUCGAGCCAAGUUGAUCGAUACUCUUCAGGAUUGGAAGACAGAGAGGUACAAAGAGAUCAUUAAAUCAGGAAGUGUAGAAGCAAGACCUGGUGUAAUAAGACUAAUGGAUGAAGCAAGAGCUGCUGGGAAGAAACUAGCUGUGUGUUCUGCAGCUACAAAGAGUUCAGUUGUCUUAUGUCUUGAGAAUCUAAUCCAAAUCGAGCGAUUCCAAGGACUUGAUUGCUUCCUUGCAGGAGAUGAUGUUAAGGAGAAGAAACCUGAUCCUUCUAUAUAUAUAACAGCUGCCGAGAAGCUAGGUGUUUCAGUGAAAGACUGUUUGGUCAUAGAGGACAGUGUGAUUGGCCUGCAGGCUGCUACAAAAGCAGGCAUGUCAUGUGUGAUCACAUACACUUCUUCAACCUCUGAUCAGGACUUCAAAGAGGCGAUUGCUGUAUACCCUGAUCUCAGUAAUGUGAGGUAGCUUCCACGUGAAACCUUGAAGAAGUCUCGCGAACAUCAUUGUUAUCAACGCCGUACCUAAAGCCGGAGCAGCACAACCUCUUUUUCCGGUACUAAACGAGAUAAACCGGAGAUCAUUCUCCGUCAAAGUAACUUCGGAGCACUCGUUAAAAUGUCUCUCUGGUUUGAAGCUAAGUGGGUCAGCCCAAACUUUCGGGUUACGGCCCAGCUCAUAUCGGCUAAGAAGGACUUGACUUCCUUUAGGGAUGUGAUAUCCGGCGACGGUUGCGUCAGAAAGUGCCACGUGCGGGAUGUUAAAGGCGGCGAUGGGAUGGAGGCGGAAAGUUUCACGGAGAAUCGCUUUGAGGUAGUUUAGUUUUGGGAUGUCGGAUUCUUGGACAAGUCUUUCUUUUCCGACAACUUUGUCGAUUUCUUCCACUGCUUUAAGGAGAAUUUCCGGUUUGUUCACCAUCUCCGCCAUGGCCCAUUCGACAGCGUUUGAUGGAUUGUCUGGUACCGCCAUUACAAGCUCCUAUCAUAUAGAAAAAAGUUUUUAUAAAUUUUUUUUAUUUUGGGCUCUUAUUCUUUAUGCAAACAAGAAUCAUAUAUUUUUUUACCAAAAAAGAAUCAUAUAUUCUUUUUUUAACUA